AUGGCCUACAACCCCAGGGUCCCAGCUUAUAUGGUCUACAACCCCAGGGUCCUAGCUUAUAUGGCCUACAACCCCAGGGUCCUAGCUUAUAUGGCCUUCAACCCCAGGGUCCUAGCUUAUAUGGCCUUCAACCCCAGGGUCCUAGCUUAUAUGGCCUACAACCCCAGGGUCCUAGCUUAUAUGGCCUUCAACCCCAGGGUCCUAGCUUAUAUGGCCUACAACCCCAGGGUCCUAGCUUAUAUGGCCUACAACCCCAGGGUCCCAGCUUAUAUGGUCUACAACCCCAGGGUCCCAGCUUAUAUGGCCUUCAACCCCAGGGUCCCAGCUUACAUGGUCUUCAACCCCAGGGUCCCAGCUUAUAUGGUCUACAACCCCAGGGUCCUAGCUUAUAUGGCCUUCAACCCCAGGGUCCUAGCUUAUAUGGCUUCCAACCCCAGGGUCCCAGCUUAUAUGGUCUUCAACCCCAGGGUCCCAGCUUAUAUGGUCUUGAACCCCAGGGUCCCAGCUUACAUGGCCUACAACCCCAGGGUCCCAGCUUAUAUGGUCUACAACCCCAGGGUCCCAGCUUACAAGGCCUACAAUUGUGUCUUUCUUACUUUGACAAUCAUUAGUAGGAGGUAUGGGAAACACCGCACACACGACCAGCCUCACCGCGCCUCAGCCUCACCGCGCCCCAGCCUCACCGCGCCUCAGCCUCACCGCGCCUCAGCCUCACCGCGCCUCAGCCUCACCGCGCCUCAGCCUCACCACGCCUCAGCCUCACCGCGCCUCAGCCUCACCGCGCCUAAGCCUCACCACGCCUCAGCCUCACCGCGCCUCAACCUCACCACGCCUCAACCUCACCACGCCUCAACCUCACCACGCCUCAGCCUCACCGCGCCUCAGCCUCACCGCGCCUCAGCCUCACCGCGCCUAAGCCUCACCACGCCUCAGCCUCACCGCGCCUCAACCUCACCACGCCUCAACCUCACCACGCCUCAACCUCACCACGCCUCAGCCUCACCACGCCUCAACCUCACCACGCCUCAGCCUCACCGCGCCUCAGCCUCACCACGUCUCAGCCUCACCACGCCUUAG